AUGAGCUCAAAUGACGUUGUUUUCGGUGGAUUUACUGGUGGACAUGAUUCAGUUCCUGGUGUAGGAGAUGUUCCUCCAUCAACUGGUGGUUUUGAGCAGAUCAAUACAUUUACAAAUCCUCAAUUAUAUGCUCACACUCAUUUUGAUCCAAACAAUUGCCCUGGUAUUGUUCACUGGGAUCUAGAAGAAUUUGUUGCAAGUGCACUAUCUCCACAUCCUCCAGUUGAUAAAUAA